AUGGAAGCCAGGCUGCUGAGGACCAUCUGGGGACUCUUCCUGCUGUACCUGCUGCAGGCAGAGUCUGCAAGGGUGGACUUAGUGCCAGAGAAGAUUGCAGGGUUCUGGAAGGAAGUGGCUGUGACUUCUGAGCAGAACCUGGUGCUGAAUACUCAGAGGAGGGUAGAGGGCUUGUUCCUCACCUUCAGUGGAAGGAACAUCACUGUGAAGGCUGUGUACAACAGCUCAGGAAGCUGCAUGACAGAAACAUCAGUGGGUUCAGGAAGAGACACUGUUGGGGAAUUUGCUUUUCCUGGCCAAAGGAAGAUCUAUGUGCUGGACACGGACUAUGAGCACUACACCAUCCUCAAGUUGUCCCUGCUCUGGCAGGGUAGAAACUUCCAUGUACUCAAGUACUUCACUCGGAGCCUUGAGACUGAGGAUGAGCCAGGCUUCUGGAGGUUUCGGGAAAUGACGGCCGACCAAGGCCUUUACAUGCUGACCCGACAUGGGAGGUGUGCUGAGCUCCUGAGAGAGGGUCAGGGCCUGGGUGUUUCCCUAGGGAGUGAUGUCACAGUGGCUGUCUCUUUGCUGUGGCACCUGCACAGGCACAUGGAAAGCAGCAUGCUCUUCACCCUGCUGGGGCUGUAUGUGGGACUGGCCUCUGACACAGGGGCUCAAGGACUGAGCCCCUUUGAUGCAAAGCAGUCUAAUAAAGGCUUCUGGUAUGAGAUUGCCUUUGCUUCCACAAUUGACGACGAAGACUCAGAGAACAACGAGAAACUGGGACCUUUGAAAGCCAGACUGGAAAGGUACCUUCUGAUCGAGACCACCGCCUAUUACAAGCCAGGCUUCCCCGGGCUGAUGCGGGAUGUAUAUGCCCAGGGAUAUACCUAA